CGGAGGGCCGGCGGACGUGCCCAGAGAGGAGCGAGUGAAGAUAUGAGGAUUUGAAAAAGUCAGGUCACCUCCUCGCGUAGAAUGGUGCUUCGGUACCGGCAGCUGCGGUAAAGCAAGGUUUCUUCGCAACCUGCGGAGUGUCCGUGGAUAUGAGUGUCACGCACUUCGUGAAAAACAGAUACCAAGUGCAGAGUGCAGAGCCUCUUCGCGCAGGCGGUUCCGAGUGUUGACAAGGGGUUUCUACCUUCUUAGCUCAUUGUCAACUUAGACUUGUUUCGUUGAUAUGGUUCCCUGAAGAUUGAUUCGCCACCAAAUUUUCCACCAUCCGCUAUAACUGGAGAAGACUGAGGCUCAUCACUUCAUAUUCAAAAUGGCAUGGGGUACAGAGCUAUGGGAUCAAUUCGAUAACGUGUCCAGCCACACGCUGAAGGGCCUGGAGUUCCUGGAAAAGUACAGCCGGUUCCAGAAGGACCGGUGUGACGUCGAAAACAGAUAUGCUGCCGACCUCAGGGGUUUGGUGAAGAAGUAUGUCCCCAAGAAGAAGGAGGAGGAGGACAUGCAGUUCUCGGUGCACGCGGCGUACCGUCGCCUGCUGGCCGAGGUGGGCGAUCUGGCCGGCCAGCACGAGCUAGUGGCCGAACAGCUGGCCACCAGCGUCGUCUCCGACAUCGUCGUCGUCAUCAAGGAGCUCAAGGAUGAACGGAAGCAGCUGCUGCAGGAGGGCGCGCGACUGCACGUGCAGCUCCAGAACCAGCGGCUGCAGCUAGACAAGUCCAAGAAAAGCUAUGAAAAGGCAUUCCGUGAAGCGGAGAAGGCUCUCGACGCCUACCGCAGGGCCGAUGCCGAUCUCAACCUGAGCCGCGCCGAGGUGGAGAAGCAGAAGAUGGCCUCCAGCAUCAAGAACCAGCAGUGCGAGGACGGCAAGAACGAGUACGCCAAUCAGCUGCAAAAGACAAAUGACCUCCAGCACCAGCACUACGCGGUGCUGAUGCCGGCGCUGUUCGGACACCUGCAGGGGCUGGACGAGCGGCGCGCGCGCUGCAUGCAGGCCCACAUCCGGCGCGCCGUCGGCAUCGAGCGGCACGUCUUCCCCAUCAUCCACACCUGCCUGGACGGCAUCCUGGCCGCCGCCGAUAACAUUGACCCGGACCAGGACUCGCAGCUGGUGGUGGAGCGCUACAAGUCCGGCUUCGAGCCGCCGGACGCCAUUCCGUUCGAGGACCUGUCCGAGUGGCGGCCGGGCGAGGCGCCGCUGGGCCAGCUGCCGCCGCCGCCGGCUAGCUCGCCCCGGCCCAGCACCGUCAAGGGCACCCUCUCGGCGGCCCGCUUUAAGAAGCGCGGCGGCAUCUUCGGCAUCUUCAGCGGCAGCAAGAACUCGCUGCCCAACUCGACGUACGAUUCUUUCGUGAAGGAGGACCUGGACAACCUGCCGCCGAAUCAGCGCCGGAAGAGGAUACAGCAGAGGAUGGACGACCUGGCCUCGAAGAUCAGCCAGGAGACGUCUGCCAGGGACGGCCUGAUGAAGAUGAAGGGCGUGUACGAGGGUAACCCGGCACUCGGUGACCCGAUGACCAUUGAGUCGCAGCUGCGCGAGAACACCCAACACCUGGAGAAGCUUCGGAUCGAACUGCACAAGUACCAAAGACUGCUGGACGGCGGCGACCAGCGCUCGAGCCUGAGCGAGCCGGACAGCACGCUCAGUCGCUCCGCCAGCGACUCGUCGAUGGCGCGGGCCGGCGCCGCCGCCCACGGCCAGUCGGCGCCCUCCACACCGCCCUCCGGACACGGCUGCUCCAACAGCCCCGAGUCGGGGCUGGGCACGUCCCAUACCUCCCUGCCGGACUCCGAGUCGGAGGAGGAGCCGCCGGCGCCGGACGCGGCCGAUGGCCCGGCGCCGGCCGCCGACGGCCGUGGCCAGCAGGAGGACGAGCUGGACUACGCUGACGAGCCGCUGCCCGUGCUCGGCACGGCGCAGGCGCUCUACGCCUUCGACGCGUCCAGCGAGGGCUCCAUCCCCAUGCAGGAGGGCGAGCAGCUGCUGGUGAUCGAGCUGGACCAGGGCGACGGCUGGACGCGGGUUCGCCGUCAGGACAGCCUCGAGGAGGGCUUCGUGCCCACCGCCUACCUGCAGGUGCUGCUGCACCCCAGCUGCUGAGGGUACGCCUCGGUCGGGCCGCCCGCCUACCUGCAGGUGCUGCUGCACCCCAGCUGCUGAGGGCACGCCUCGGUCGGGCCGCCCGCCUGCCUGCCGGCCCGCUCAGUCACGCUCACGGUCACGGGACGGCCAGUCCCAGGCGUGGACGGGGCACGCCGCUGGCUCGGUCCGGCUGGGCCAUGGUCCGCUGCGGCGGUGCCUCCCAUGCCCCUCGGGACACUGUUGAGAUAGACACAGACCCGGCUGCGGCCGGGUGGGGUGGUCCAAGGCUCUUACCCUGCAGCGCUUGGGAAGUGACGAGGCGGUGUCCACCCUCACGUGUUUGGUGUUGCUGAGACAGCCCCCUGCAGAGUUGGGGCCUCUUGGGAGGCCUUCCCUCGGACGCUGGGGACCGGGGCCUGCUGGUAGGACGGCCGGCGUGUACCGGGAGGACUGUCCGGUAUUUACCGUGCCGGAUGCCCAUGCCGGAUGUGCCCUGAUCUGCAUCACCCCGAUGGAGCAGAUGUGCUUCACGUCCACGGUUAUCUACCGGCGGUUAUCUACCAUGCGUCACAAGUGUCCUUCACAAUGGAGCACCCAUGCGGCGGCGCGGCCACUGGUCCAAUUAUGUAGAUGACCGCAAAGCCUGGUCGGUUGGGACUUGUCGACCGCGGUCCUUUAGCCACCUUCGGAUUUGUCGACCGCGGUACGCCACCUGGCGCCACACCUAACGCAGGAGUGCUGUGAGGCCAUUUGGUCGGAAUAUUUACCAGCUGUUUUGAAAGGUUUUACAACGCGAGUCCAUGACAUGCAUAGCGCUUACCCCGACAAACCGGGCCGGGGCUAAUAUUUAUCCCGACCCUCGCCGCGUGUACCUAUGUAUACCAAACACCAUGUGAGUUACUGGCGAGUGGUGUUCUUUUUACGUUUUAUGUUGCUUGACGAAGCGCGUUUCACAAUUAGCUUUAAGGCUUUUGAUAUGUGACAAGGUUGGGCUUAAGUUGCGUGCCGGUCGGUCUGGCAAGGCUGACAUUGUGGCCGCGCCCGUCGGUCGGCAGCCUCCUCUUCUCGUGCACGGCGGCAGAACAGGUCAGAGGGCGCGCCCCGACCCCGCCUGGCCUCUGGGACCGCUGACCACAGCGCCGCCGACUCCCCUGGCGGCAGACGUCGUCGCUGUUCAGUGUGGGCGCGGCCCGGCCCGCGACCACUGCGGCCGACCCGGGCGUCCUAACGCGUAGGCUGUGACGGUGGACCGCGCACGUGCCGGCCCGACCGACGCUUUGAUCUUCUGCGCACGACGGCCGAGGCCUGGUCGCCAUGGCGACGCCGACGGGUUGCCAUGGCGACGCGUUCUCGACGGCGGGCGUCUCGGGUGGACGCAUCGCCUGAGCCGGUUCUGUGAGUGUGGGAGUGUGCCGACGACAGACGCAUGAUAUUCAUGGGUAUAGCACAGGCCCCACCCCACGGGCCCAGUCUCUGCACCGCGCUACGCAAUCAUGGCCCAAU